UGGCGGCGGCGCCGCGCCCUGACGUACACCGACGUGCCCGACGCCGCACGCACGGUGAGGGCACGAGAGGGCAACGGGCCGCCACCUCCUGCGCCCACCGAAGCGGGGGGACGCGGUGCAGCGGGGCGGAACCGCCGCGCGAAGGCGGGGAGUGGGUCUUCAGCGCGUUUCUUCCCGAAGAUGACACCAGUUACUCGACAAGAAGUCCUUGGCCUUUACCGCAAGAUAUUCCGAAUAGCCAAAAAAUGGCAAUCGGCAUCAGGACAGAUAGAAGAAACUAUUAAAGAAAAAGAAUACAUUAAAAAUGAAGCCAAAAUGUUAUUCCGAAAGAACAAAAAUGUAACGGAUCCAAAGUUGAUUAAGCAGUGUAUAGAAGAAUGUGAGGCAAGAAUAGAAAUUGGACUUCACUAUAACAUUCCCUACCCGAGACCUAUCCAUCUGCCUCCUAUGGGUCUUGCCCAUAAGCAAGGCCGUACGUUGCGACACCAGGAAAAGUUAAGGAAGAUUUCUAAGCCGAUAUACCUGAAAUCCCACGAUGAAGUUUCAUAACUCACCAUUUAAGCUGUGAUGUGUAAUCACAUCAUUUAAAAUGUGGACUGUAAACCAGGUGAUUUGUGUGCACAGCUGUGAAUGAAGCCGUUUUGGUCACUUGUUCACACAUUUCCUGAGGCCACAAAGCGAAUUGAUACAUAGCUUACGAUGGAUAAGGUUGGUCGCGUAUUUAUUACAUUUCAACCACUGGCUCAUCAAUAAAAGUAACACUUUUCAAGGAGUGAGGCGUGAUAUGAAGAUUACUUUGACAUCAAGACAAAUUGCAGCAGGUUUUCAAACUCCGAUAAUCUAUAGCAGGGUUCUGUGGUGGUUUGAGGAUUAUACAUGCUCAAUUGUGAUUUAAUGCAGUGCCUUGUGUGAGGGCCAGCAACAACCAAGAAAGUCCAGGAGAACCACACAGCCACAGUGCCUCCAGAGCUUUGAAUGCAAGUGGGAACACAGCGACUGCCUCACGCACGCAGCUGCACUCCUUCCUCGCCUGUUGUCCCUGGAGAAAUGUUCAGUUUUCACAGUGUCCUUAUGGUGAAGUAUUGUUUCUAAAAGGACAGUAGCAACAAGACAGCCGAAAUCCCACCACUCCUCCUUUUUCCUUUUUGCAAACUACAGAGGAGUGGCCUAGAGCCUCUAUGUCAGCUUUUUUCCCCCCUUCCUUUGGAGAGGGUGUGGAUGUGAAAUGCGAAGUUUGGAAUGCCAUUACACAACUCAGAAUAAAACAUUCCAGUGUUGGGUUCCUCAGGUUCCCAUGCAUGGACUGACUGAAAACUCUGCCUGCAGGGUAUCACUGUGGGAGCAAGCUUAAGAUGCUUUGGCGUCUUCACUGUGCAUUUUUACAUGGUUAGCUCUUCAACAGAAUCAACACACUGUCUCAACUAUUUUAGCGUCAGGUUUUAAUUCUUACAUCAUGGACAGAACCCCAGUUUUACUAAAAGAAAGGAUCUACAACUAUCUCUGCAGUCUCUUAUGUUUGAGUGGUAUUUCUGUUUUGCAGGUGCCUCAUGAAUGGAACCAAAAUGAAAUUAAUUUCUCCCUCACUGGCCACCAGUUGUUUGGCGUCUUUUGAGUCCUCUGGGUUUACCAAGCUCUUUACAAGUUCUCUUCAGUAAAGCUGGUGGAGCCUUGUGUCCUUCAGGCUAGGAGUGCCAUGGGAGCAAGCUGUGGACAAGAGCCACGCUGUAUUGGGAGACUACACAAGCACAGCCCACAGCUGCUUUGAGGAUAGAGGCUCGAAGCAGCGACCUAUUCCAGCCAGAAGUUAGUGGUGGCAAAAAAAAGGGCAAAUUUGACAAAUGUAGUGUAUCUUGUUUCCUAUUGAAGUGGGAAAAACACCCCUCCAACUCAUUCUAAACUCUCCAAGCCCUAAUAGACAAUGGUAAAGAAAUAUUCUUCUCUACCUUAAAAAUAAGUUAAAACUGGUCUUGUGAAGAACAGAAUGGCAGUUCCUCCCCCAGGAAUAUACUUGUGAGAGUGAAAAAAAUACAAGCGGAUGAGAAGGUACAAGGAAACAAUGAGAAGAGCGAGUCAGCAUGACAGGUACUGGCUAGCCCAAUUUCUCACUACCCUUUAUGCUCCAGUCCACAAAGGUAUCUAUUUCCAUAUAAUGAUUUCUUGGGAAUGCCUCACGUGGGAAGGAACAUGUAAAAUGCCAUUGUUCUCCCUGUCAGUGGGAACUUUACAAAUUUACUGCUGCCAGGAAGACAAAAAAAACCCAAACCAACAAAAACCUCCUUUAGACUAGGAAAAGGGGGAUGGAACAAAGACAGUAAGAAAUAACAUGAUUAUACACACUGCUUAAUUCCUUAUUGAAAGAAGUCCAAAUACAGUCUGUUCUUAGCCUCAUUCUGAUACACCAGUGUAGAGACGUGUCAACUAAGCCAAACCAAAAUACAUAGACAGGCAUUUUGAAUGGAGGCUUAGGCUCAUUCUUUGUCAUUAAACUAUCAUUUGAGUCUUUUUAAUUGUUAAAAUUCAUGUGGCUAAUGAAGGUACUGAUGCUGUGGCUCAUCAGGUGAAUAAACAGCGAUGUAAAUGAGCAGUCGAAA